GAGAGGAGGUGUCCGGUUGCAUUAGAAUUGGAGUAGUGUUAGAGAAAGUGUCUAGGUUUUCUGAAUCCUAUAAGGACGUAAGCUCCAAAUGACCACUGCAUAUCAAGUAUCUUCUGUGUUGAAGACAAAGCAACCGGGAAGGAUAAACACAGAGAGGGAACACAGGUGCGCACCUAGAAAAGAAGAGAAACGAGAAGGGCGGCGAGUUUUAACCAGGACACCUGCAUUCCUUCAACUUUCGGAGUGCUGCUUUUCAGUGCAGCAGUGAAAGCAUGAGGGUCAGUGUAGAGCCCCGGUGUGUGAGAGUGAGGAGGAAGACUCGGGAGACUUCAGUUUAUUCAGUCCGCACUUUUCCCCGCACUUUCAACUCAACAAACCCAAAAGAACUCAACUAAAACGGGUCCAACCCCGGAAUCGCAGCUUUCACACCGUCAAGUUCAAGUUCACACUUCGUGGCUAAUAACACGAUUGCUGAAGACAGCACUAUACCCUUAAACUCAAGACAGAAAGGUGGAGCCAGACGUGGCAAGAACAGAAAGCCCAUGCAAGCCACAAAGCCAGAAGGGAAUAAGUGGGCACGGGGGAAAAGGUUCCUCAUCUCCAUCCUCUGUGUAGUGGUCAUUUUGGGCAUCCUGGCAGUGGCUGGAUAUUUAAUCGCCCAAGUCAUUAACAGUAAGUACUUCUUCUGCUCCAAGUCACUGAAGUUUAUUCCCCUGGAGCAAGCCUGUAAUGGCAAACCGGACUGUGCAGGAGGAGAGGAUGAGUCUACAUGUGUCUCCCGUUUCACAAGCACCUCGACUUUUCCUGUUCGGUUGGUCACGAAUCUCUCCGUGCUUCAGAUAUACUACGCCACUGAAAACAAGUGGCUAAGUGUGUGUGCAGAAGGCUGGACUGUGAAACACACUAAAGCAGUAUGUCAGCAGAUGGGAUACACUGUUAAUCCUACAUACAGUAAUGUCCCACUGACGGAUCUGUCAUCUGAUCUGAAGAGGUUUUUUGGUGCUGUGGGACCAGACGAAGCGCAGCCAGUUUCCUCCAGCGUAACAAAUCAAAAUACGUGCAGUUCAGGUGCAGUAGUUUCCUUAUCCUGCUCAGACUGCGGGCCGCGGGGACCUGAGACCAGGAUUGUAGGAGGACAGAGUGCACUCAUUGAGGACUGGCCGUGGCAGGUGAGCCUGCAGCAGAAUGGCCAGCACACAUGUGGAGGCUCGCUGCUGUCUCCAAACUGGAUUAUCACAGCAGCCCACUGCUUUACAGGCAGGGCGGAGGUGAGCAGGUGGUGGGUGGUGGCAGGCAGCACAUACAUCACAACAAAAGGAGGCUCUGCUGUGGAUAAAAUCAUUGUGAAUGGAGACUACAACUCAGCACUCAGUGAUUACGACUUGGCCAUGAUGAGACUCACUAAUCCGUUCACUCUGCGAGCCGCGGUGAAGCCGGUGUGCCUCCCACCGCAUGAUCUUGGGCUCACAGCAGGAGCCCCACUGGUGGUAACUGGCUGGGGCCAUCUGCAGGAAAAUGGCCAGCUGUCGUCAAAUCUUCAGGAGGCCAAUAUUCCUCUCAUAGACCAUGCUCAGUGUUCUAGUCCUGCAGUUUAUGGUGCUGGAAUCACUCAGAGAAUGCUUUGUGCAGGGUUUCUGCAGGGCAAAGUGGACGCAUGCCAGGGUGACAGUGGAGGUCCUCUGGUGUAUCUUAACGAACGCUGGAUGUUGGUUGGAGUGGUGAGUUGGGGUGUCGGCUGUGGAAGACAAGGCCUACCUGGUGUUUACUCUAAUGUGGAUCAGAUGCUCAACUGGGUCUACACAGUCAUGGAGCAGAUGUCUUGAGCCAAAGCCGACAUGAGGACAUCAACGUAUUAAUAACAGAGGCAUUAUAUCAGGGCAAUGCAAACUAUACCUUCUCUUUUAAAUCUCCGUGAACUCUCUGAGGAUGUACCUGUGCACAAGCAGUGUACUUACUCAAUCCACAAAUCGCAAAAAUGAAAAGGUUCUGAUGUGUUCAGGAUUUAAUCUGUGCUUUAUAACUGGUGCCAUUUAUCACUCAUCUUCUCAGGGAUCAUUUUAAUCUAACAGGCAGCAGUGUCUGGUUCUUUAAAUGCAGUGAAUUAUAAGACUUGAAUAAUGUUAGCUUUAUUAAAAUGACCAUUAAUCAAUGGUUUUGGAAAUUCACUACACCUAAGGAGAAAUUACUUUUAGCAGCAAACAUGAUGAUUUUUCAGCCAUAGAUAUCUUAGCAUGUGUUAUUGUAUAGUUUUUACACUAAUGUUUACUGGGUACUUUUAUAAGCAUUAAUCAGUAAAGUGUAGGGAUCAGUGGACUUUAAUUAUAAAUACAAUGCACUAUGAGUACUAGGAUCCAGGAAGUUGGAUGAGCACUGGCUAUGGAAAGAAUAUGUGAUCUCUUAUUGAGGCCAAUUUAGAGAAGAAAACAAUCUCAAUAUUUGAUAUUAGGAUGUUUAUUUAUAUUUCAAAUUUCUGAAAAUAUACGUGCUUUUCGAAAGUUAACAAAAAUGUGAUCAUGCUUGCCAAAAUAAGACUCACACUGUGUUUCGAAUUGUUUCCUAUCACUCUGGUUCACAACUCUCAUUUGGUGUGUGAUAUGAAUGCAGGAUGUUCCACUGCAUUUUCAUUGUACAUAUUGUACAGGUGAGAUUAAUUUUGCUGUUUUGUACAUGUGUAAGAAAUUAAAUGUCUGUGUAAAUACUGUAUUCAAUAAAUUAUGGAAUUUGAGGGA